AUGAGGUGUUGGUGUGGACCAGCGUCUUGUGGUCUUUGCUGUCGAUGUCUCCCACAGAUCAAUGAAUCAACAGGGACACGUUUUAUGUACACUUUAUUCCUUGUUAUUGGAUUUGUUGUCGCAUCACUCAUGUUGUCUCCACAGCUGGAGCAAGCAUUCAUUGAUAAUGUGCCAGGCUUCAAUGAAACAUGUGUUCAAUUAAUGGCGGGGGAGAACUGCAGUAAACUUACAGGGUAUAAAGCUGUGUAUCGCUUGUGUUUGGGAAUGGUGGCCUUCCAUUUUGUUUUGUGUCUACUCACCAUUUGUGUCGACUCUAGUUCCUACUGCCGUGGAGGUAUACACAAUGGGUACUGGUUUUGGAAGAUCCUGUUUUUCAUCGGUUGCCUUGUUGCUUCAUUCUUUAUGCCUCACACAUACAGACUUUAUUGGAUGUAUGUGGGGAUGGUUGGAGGUGUUAUUUUCAUCAUUUUCCAGCUGAUAUUACUGGUGGAUUUCUGUCAUUCUUGGCAUGCUAAAUGGGUUGGAACAAAAUCCGGUCAUAAAAGUACCUGUGGACGUUGUGGUACUUUGCUGUUUGCCGUCAUUUUCUAUUUGGCCAGCGUUGCUGCUGCUUUUUUGCUGUUUUGGAAUUAUACCACCUGGGAAGGGUGCCUUCAUAAUAAGAUAUUCAUAGGAGUCAACACAUCUCUCUGUAUUAUUUUAUCUGCAAUAACCAUUGUACCUGGUGUGGCAAGGUUCAACCCAAACACUGGGAUUCUGCAGGCCUCCGUCAUUACAUUCUACGUGAUGUACCUCACCUGGACUGCUUUGUCCAGCGAGCCACCUGAAGACAUUGUGGAGUUGGAAAAUACUGUCAAAGUGUUUUAUUCAAAACAAGUGGACAAAAAAAAGUCCGUCAAGGACAUGCCAAUUAACAUGGAUGGUCUAGAUGAUAUGCGUAACAUCCACAGUCUCUCCAUUACUAACGGUACUCAGUGUAGGCCUAUGCCUACAUUUGACCACAUGGAAAUGAUAUCGGCUUAUGCUGGCCUGUUAAUUAUGUUGGUUGUGGCCAUCUACUCAAGUUUACAAACAUCCAUUGCGUCCCACCGUCUUGGGGUGCGGAGAACUAGAGCGGCCGUGUCAGAGCGCUAUGAGUGCUGCUGCUGCUGUAGAGUAACAGGAAAAACAAACCAUUCAGAGAAAGGGGGACAGAGGGUGAAUUAUAAUGAAGCUGAGGCUACAACAUAUAAUUAUGCUUUCUUCCAUUUUGUAUUCUGCUUGGCGAGUUUAUAUGUUAUGAUGCAGCUCACCAAUUGGUACAGACCAGAGGAAUCAGAUUUGAACACAUUUGGACUGAAUUGGGCAGCAGUAUGGGUCAAAAUGGGCUCUAGUUGGGCUUGUGUUGUUAUAUACAUACUGACACUGUUCAGGCCAAAGUUUUGUCCUGGGCGAGAUCUAGCUUUUCGUAGAAAUGAAGAGAUUCAAGUGGACGGGGAAGGUGAUGCAAUGAGGAGGGAAACCACCAUAUAGGGUAGAGGUCAGUGGAAAUGUACAGGAUAUGUAAAUAUGUGUAAAUACAACAAAACAUACUGAUAUAUGUCUG